UAUAAUACUACCAGUAGUAGCACUGUGACUGUGCGCAUCCAAGAUCGCUCUUCUCGAACAAGGCCACUUCGUCUAAGGUUACUGCCCCAAUAUCUGUUCUCUCGGAUGGACUCAUCACAUCACAGCCGGAAACCGUCCAGUCGAGCAGGCCUUCCUCGACGGAGUACGAAGGGGCCGCUUGAUGUUGUCGAUGAUCCUCUUACUGCACCUCCCGCGGUGACCCAGUCGUUCGCUUCGGGGGCCAACUCUCCGUCUCUGCAAUCUCCACAACAGGAGAUAGUUGGCGCCAGGGAACAGCCUACGCCUCAACCAGGUCCGGCACAAGCUGACCCUACCACCACGCGCGAGGAGCCGGUUGAGGAGGCAAGAGAUCUUUCAUUUCUGCUCGAUGCGUCAAUAUAUCAUUCCCUCUCUCAGCUGGAGGUCCCUGGCCCUUUCAGGAGACCAUUUAUGCCCGCUCCCUCUGACGAAGCUCAACUCGUGCAAGCCCUCGAACAGCUUGAUCGACUCUUAUCGCAAUGCGACUUCUUGAGAGCCGCUCAACUUGCCGGAUCAAUCCUCACCUCAGGGACCAUACAGCCAUCCGAUGCCAAGACGAUAUUUCGCCUCCUGGCGGUCCGAUAUUCUUGCCUGGAACUAUCCGGCAAUCUACUCUUGGCUGCACAAGAAGCAAAGGCGCUGGAGGACCUUAGCUCGGCCUUCUACUAUGACGAGGUCGGCCCGGGCCCAGAGACGGUCGAGACAGGCGAAAUGCCUCGUAACGUCGCCCAGCACAUCAUGCCGUUCUCGCUACGACUGCAAGCUCUACGUCUCCAGAGUAUUGGUUUUUCAGAUCCACGUCGAGGCGUGACUACUCUCUAUGAUACAGCCCUCGAGUGUCGAGAGCAUCUUGCAAACCCCACCACUUCCCCGGCGCAGCGCGCUAUGUGGACCAAAAGACUCCAGGAAGUAUCGAUACGGGUGGUGAACGCUUUGAUCGAAAUGGGUGACCUGGAUUGUGCGGCACGUACACUAAAGGCUAUUCGACCAACGGAUCCUGAGCAGUUGGCCAUCUGGACGGCCCGAAUGGUUCUUCUUCAAGCCAAGAUCGGUGACUCUGCCGAAGCCAACGCUUUGAUUGCAUCUGAAAGCCUCAAGCACCAGGAGAGGCUUGCAUUGGAGUCUCUUGUUGCUGUUGCUGAAGGCCGAUAUGAUGCUGCUUCUCAGGCGCUCGAUGAGUGUGAACUGGAAGCUGAUUCAGCUCUGAAGGGCCUGCUGAAGCAGAACCUUGCAGUGGCUUGUCUCUACCAAGGGGAAGUACAGAAAGCCCGACGAAUUCUGGAAGAACUGGUUGAGCAGGGCCAUUCCUUCCAGACCUUGACCAUAAACCUGGCAACCAUCUACGACCUCAGUUCCGAACGGUCUCGAGAUCUCAAAUUGGAAAUGGCGGCGCAGAUAGCGAGACAGCAGACACAGUCUGGCCAGUCACGCUCCUUUGUCAAUGCGGACUUCAAGCUAUGACAAGGGCCGUGCCAGUCACAGACAUACUGAUCCCAUAAUAUUAUGCCGGUAAUCGAAGGCCUUCAAUAGGCCCUGAAGAUGAGACAAGGCUGCUAGUACCACGAGAACGUGGAAUAUCUGGUGCGAGCUUCCUAAUUUGUCGACCCUACCCGGAAACCAGGCCUCUGGAACGCGCGCCUGUUUUGUCAGCACAGCCUGUCAUAGCUCGGGGUCCAACUUACCGCAUACAAACCGGCGCCCAAGAUAUACAAGGCACCCUGCAGCACCAACCAGGACAGCCCAAUCUGCUUCUGCAUGGCAUGCACACCGUAUGUUCGCAACCCGUCCAAAACCGGAAAGACGGCCGAUAUCCCCAUGCCAACGAACAUCAAGGCUCUGUACGGCCUCCAAGCAGGCGUUCUAAAGCGAGGCAGUACGGAAACCGCGGUGCAGGCGAUUCCCAAUGUACAGAUCUAGCCCCCAGCUGAGCGAAGCUCUUCUUCGUCACAACCGGGGAUGACUUACCAUGAUCCAAUAUGUCAAUUGUCUCGUGAAGUCACACCAGAAGCCGUAAUAGACGCUGGGAAUGAAGGAGCCGGUGAUAAGCACGGCGAUGCCAGCAUAGUCGAGCUGGUUCCAAAAUUUGGCGACUUUGGGCGAGUGAUUCGAGAGCGUGUGGUAGCUGGCGCUCAACCCGAGACAGCAGGCGGCUCCGACAAAAAAGCAACUCAUUGCUAUCACGUCGGCUCGCGAAGCUCUUUCAUAUCUUGGUUCUAGGACCGAAUAUAGGUAACUUGCGAAUGGCAGGCUCAGGGCAGCCGGGAUCAAGUGAGUCCAAAUAUUGACGCUUUCAUUGUGCCAAUGAAGGAUACUCUGCAGCGAUCUCUUAUAGCUGUAAGACGCCUGUCGAUAGCCACUGUGUAUAUGGUGAUUGUCUUGCAGCCAAUGGGGGAGGUCAUUCCAGUGAACCAAUGAGUGCCAGGGAGUAUCGGACUUUUCGGCGUCCACGCUUGGGGACACACUCCCGUUCGAGGUAGACGUGUCUGUAUGGUCGUCUUUUGGGGGCAUUUUUUGGUAUUAGACUGAGAUAUGAUAUAUAGAAAUGCUGAAAUGAACAAAAGCUAUGUUAUUGUGAGCAAG